AUGUCUGUGAUAGAAUUAAUACCAUUAGAUAAAGGUAGUCGAUUUAUUCUUGAUAAUACAAUUGUAACAACAAUUGGUCGUACAGCAAAUAUUGGUUGUUUGGAUAAAAAAAUUUCUCGUAAUCAUGCUGAAUUAUAUGUUAAGCCAGAUGAAACUUUAUGGAUAAAACCUAUUCAUCAUAAUCCAACAUUUUAUAAAACAAAAACAAAUCAAUUAAUUACAUUAACAAAAGAUGAAGAAUUUCAAUUAAAUGAUAAUGAUGAAAUUGGUUUAUUACCAAAUGAAUAUUUUUAUCGUAUUUCAAUUAAAUCAAAAGAUAAACAAGACGAACAAAUUGAUUCAUCAACAAUAUCGAAAUCACCAAUUCAACAACAAGAAGAAGAAGAAUCUUCAUCAAUUCAAGAAAAAGAAUUUUCACCUGUUAGAAAUUAUGAUAAAGAAAGAUCUUCGAACAAUAAUAAUUCAAAUUUAGAACCAGAAGGUGGUAUUAUAUUACAUACAAAUCGUGCAUUACCAGUAUGGAUGUCUAAGAGUUCGAUACCCGAAGAAAAAACUCCUAAAGGACGAGGUAAAGGAAAAUCAACUGUUACGCCUACCAAACCUAGUCCAUCACCAUCCAAAUAUCGAACAUAUAUUGGACGAAAAAAAGCUGAAGGAAUUGUAUAUGACGAUGAUGAAGAAUCAAACGAAGAACCUGCUACUACAACAACGAUUCCUUCAAAAGAUCAAAACAAUCAAAUGUCAUCAACAGUCAAUGGUUCAAAUAAACGAGAACGAUGUCCAUUUGGAAAAUUUUGUUACAGAAAGAAUCCAGCUCAUCGUCAAGAAGCUAUUCAUCCUGGUGAUCCAGAUUGGGAUAAUAAAGAAAAUGAUACCGAUGAUAAAAAACCUGAAUGUCCAUAUGGAAGUGAUUGUUAUAGAAAAAAUCCUGAUCAUUUUAAUGAAUAUAAUCAUACUCAACAACGAUUAUCAAUCAAUAAAACUAAACGACGAAUAUCAAAACGUAAAGGAAGUGAUAAUGAAGAAAAUGAUGAUGAUGGAUUACCAAAUGAAUAUGAUUAUAAUGAUAGUUUUAUUGAUGAUGAAGACCUUAAUGAUAGUGCACGUAUUGAUCGAACAGGAGGUUCUCAAAUGAAUCCUGAUAAUGAUUGGAAACCAAGUAAAAAAACUCGACAUUCCGAUAAUGAUGAAAAUAAUUCAACAGAUGAAGACGAAAUAAAUUUAUUACAACAAGAAGCAGCAGAAUUUGUUGAAGGUUCAUCAAUUAAUCAUCAACGUCCAGCUAAAAAGAAAGCACGUAUAUCUCUACCAGAUGAAAAUGAUUAA